AAGAGGAAAACAGAAGAAUACAUCCCAUUCCGAUUCUGAUUCCAAGUAGUUGAGGUUCUUCAGCCGAACAUUCCUAAAAAUCCGGCGAAAUGGCGCAGAGCGUUUCAUAUGCUCGGGCCAUUGGUGGCUACGUCUUUGGUCUUCUCCAGGCCUUCAUUCGUUUUGUUUUCCGGCUGAUCUAUGGCCACAAGGGUGAGAGUGUUCCCCCGAUCACGGAUCCUAUUCUCCUUGAGUCAGCCACAUCGCUGGCCAGGAAGAUUCGCAACCAGGAGCUAAGCAGCGUACAGGUUCUGGAAUCCUUCAUCCGUCGCAUCAAGGAGGUCAAUCCCAUUCUAAACUGUGUGGUGGACGAGCGCUAUGAUCAGGCUUUAAAAGAAGCAGCCGAGGCUGAUGCCUUGAUAAAAUCGGGGCAAUACAGCGUAGAGGAGCUGGCCAAGCAGAAACCCUUCCUGGGAGUGCCCAUCACCACCAAGGAUUGCAUUUCCGUCAAGGGCAUGCUCCAUACAGCCGGGCUUUAUGAACGUCGGGAUGUACGUGGUGCCCAGGAUGCGGAUGCCAUGGCCCUGAUGCGCAAGGCCGGAGCCAUUCCCCUGGCCCUCACCAAUGUCUCCGAGGUGUGCAUGUGGUGGGAGAGCAACAAUACGGUGCACGGCAGGACAAGGAAUGCCUACGACACGAAUCGCAUUGUGGGCGGCUCCAGUGGCGGCGAGGGCUGCAUCCAGUCGGCGGCUGCCUCCGCUUUUGGUUUGGGUUCCGACAUUGGUGGCUCCAUUCGCAUGCCGGCCUUUUUUAAUGGCAUCUUUGGCCACAAGCCCAGCAAGCUGGUCGUUUCCAAUGUGGGUCAGUUUCCGGCUCCGUUUAGUGCCGAGCAGAACUCCUUUUUGGGCCUGGGACCCAUGUCGCGAUUUGCCGAGGAUUUGCGACCCAUGCUAAGGAUUAUGGCCGGCGAGAAGGCUGCGCUGCUCAAUCUGGACAAGGAUGUGGACCUGAAGAAGGUGAAGUUCUUCUACCAGGAGUCCGAUGGCGGUGGACGUCUCAUUUCCGCCGUGGAUCCUGACUUGAGAGAGGCCAUGAAACGAGUUGUCCAACAUUUGAGUGAAAAGUUUGGCAGUCAGAAAGUGGAACGCAUUCAGCUGCCGCAGUUCCGCCAGUCGGCGGCCAUCUGGUUCGCCAACAUGCGCGACGACAGCGGCCAUGGAUUCGCCUACCAGCUGGGCAACCUGGAUCACGACAUCAACACGUAUCUGGAGCUCUUCAAGUGGCUUUUUGGCGCCUCCAAGCACACGUUCAUCGGCCUGUCUACUGCCAUUAUGGAUAGCGCCCAGUGCAAGCAUGGAUCACCGAAGUACGACCAUCUGGUGCGCAAGCGGAAUGAGCUGAGGGCGGAAUUGCAGCGCCUGCUGGACGAUAAUGGUGUCCUCAUCUAUCCCACACAUCCCACGGUGGCUCCGUAUCACAACGAGCCCAUUACGCGACCCAUUAACUUUGCCUACACGGGCAUUGUGAAUGUGCUGGGCUUUCCGGCCACCGCUGUGCCGCUGGGCCAAUUGGGCAGCGAGGGUCUGCCGCUGGGCGUGCAGAUCAUAGCCAACUUCAACCAGGAUCGACUGUGCCUGGCCGUGGCCGAGGAAUUGGAGAGAGCCUUUGGCGGCUGGGCCAGGCCCGAAGUUCGCCUGUGAGGCCUGGCCUCAUUUAUUUGCAUAUCUGCGAGUAUGCAGCUUAGCUAGAUGUUAGAUAGUAGUACACUCAUAAAAAAAAAUCGAAGAAUUUCCUUAAAUUUUAGAAAGUUCUUUCUUGAAUUUUCUAUAUUCAAAGGCAAAUUUUCUAAGA